AUGGAUGUUUUCAGUGUCAAUGGAUACAUUGAGGAUCCUCUUUUUGAGUGCCUGCAAGAUUCAGACUAUGCAGAACUCCUUGAAAUUGUGGACAGAGGUCUUCCCUUCACAAAGACACCUCAUCAUAUUGGCAUCAUCGGUGGUGGUAUUGCUGGACUGACUGCAGCAAAGUUUCUGGAGGACACAGGGCACAAGGUGACUUUAAUAGAGGCAAGUGAUCGAAUUGGAGGAUGGGUGGAGACCUACAUAAAUAGAAGAGAGGGAUGGUAUGCAGAGCUGGGAGCUAUGAGGAUCCCUAGCUUUCACAAAAUUCUUUUAUCAUUUUCAUCAAAAAUGGGCCUUGGACUGAAUCCAUUUAUCCAGAAUGACAUCAACAUAUAUUACCAUGUGAACAGGUUGCUGCAGAAAACGUACAGAGUUAAAGAGAACCCAGACGUGCUGAACUAUAUAAGGGAUGAUAUGAAGACAGCUGGCUGCGAGGCCAUGUUGAGAAAAUAUGACUCGUGCUCAGUCAAGGAGUAUCUAGUGAAGGAGGGGAACCUGAGUCGUGGUGCCCUGCGCAUGAUUGGAGAUAUCCUGAAUGAGAACAGCCUCUUCUACACAUCACUUACUGAGAUGCUGUAUACUCAGUCGGAUAUCAAUGACAACACUGUCUAUUACGAGAUCACUGGUGGUUUUGACCAUUUACCGAGGGCAUUUUACCAGGCCCUCAACUGCACUAUCCUUCUCAACUCCAAGGUCCGACUCAUCAGUCAAACCAGCAGCAUUGUGACCGUAUCCUACCAGGACUGGCGUGAUCCAUCCUCUCUGACCAACCUCACAGUAGACUAUGCCCUGGUGACAGCUACAGCAAAGGCCACCCUCUUCAUGGACUUCCAACCCCCGCUGUCACCCCAGAAGAUGGAGGCCCUGCGGUCCGUGCACUACGCCAGCUCCACCAAGGUGGUCCUCAGCUUCAGCGAGAGAUUCUGGGAAAAGGAUGGUAUCAAAGGGGGGAAAAGCAUCACGGAUCUCCCCUCUCGUUUCAUCUACUACCCUAGCCACAGCUUCCCAGGCACGGCUGGGGGGGGGGCUCUCCUUGCGUUCUAUACCUGUUCCGAUGACUCCACUCUAUUCCAGGGGGUCAGCGAGGAUGAGCUGGUAAAGAUCCAUCGGAAGGCUAUAAGUUCUCUCUGCACUGGAGGGUUGGUGAAGAAGUGGGGGCUGGAUCCCUUCAGCCUGGGGGCUUUUGCCCUUUACACACCUUACCAGCAGACGGACUACGCCUCGGACCUGUUCAGGAAUGAGAGCAGGGUCCACUUUGCUGGGGAGCACACGGCACUACCUCACGCUUGGAUUGAGACUGCCAUGAAAUCUGCACUAAGGGCAGCCAGGAACAUCAGUAACCUGGAAGGACAUCUGGGGCCUGGGCACAUCGAUUUUAUUUUGAAUAGCUUGAGAGGCUGAAUGUUGACAAUCUAAAUGACGAAAUCCAAUGGCCAAACCAAAAACUAUUUAUUUUGAUAAAACAUUUUUAGUACUGUCUGAUGAUGUAUUCGGUAGUAUUCAUGUGUUCUUCUCUACUCAAUAUGAAUGGCACAACAUGAUGAGAGGAGUGUUGACGAAAUGUUCAGCAGAACUGAAAAUGUUUACUGGCCUAUUUACAAGUCCUCUUCAGGGCACAAUGUUCAUACUUUUUCCCCUUUCUAACCUGUUAUUUUUGUGUGUACUGUUUUAAAAUGGCCAUUUUGUUAAAUAGCCUACAGUAUUGUACAAAAUAACUAUGUAUGUCAAAUGAUGUUGUCACACAGAUGUUAUAGAGAUGUUAUGAGAAGCACUGCUGUCUAGGUGUAGUUCUUGGGCCUAUUUUUUUAUUUUAAUUUUAAUAAAGCAGUAUUGCAACCAAA